AUGGAUCUAGAUGAGACAACUAUGGUUUCGUUAUUGAGUCGAGAUGAUUUAAGUAUGGAAGAGGAAAAGAUCUGGGAUUAUUUGAUCAAGUGGGGUAUAAAGAAUACAGCGAACUUAAAGAAAUUGGAUGUUUCAAAAUGGAGUCUAAGAGAAUUUAUUGAACUGGAAAAAACUUUGCAAAGAUGCAUUCCAUUGAUAAGAUUUUGGCAACUUCCUCCCGAAGUUUUUAAUAAAAAAGUUAAACCUUUUGAAAGGAUUAUACCAAGAAAUUUACAAUUAAGAUUGAGGCAGCGCUUCUUAACGAAAUCGACGCAAACAAGUGGUGCGGGACAACUAGAAAGUACAUCUCAAAUACCGAAAAUUAUGUAUCCCACAAAAGAAAGAACUAUAGAUUCAACAAUCGUCACACAUCAGCAGGCUGCCUUGAUAGCAUGUUGGAUAGAUCGGAAAUAUAUAAAAGAUACACCGUCAUAUGCUGAUUUGUUUCCGGUACCUUAUUAUUUUAGGUUGUUAUUUCGUGGAAGUCGAGAUGGAUUUUCUGCAAAAACAUUUCAUGACAAUUGCGACGGUCAGGGGGCUACAAUAGUAGUUGUCAGAGUUGGCGAUUCUAAAGAAUUAAUAGGUGGAUAUAAUCCGAUAGGGUGGUCUUCACCAAGAGACGUAGAAUGGCGAGGUACUCGCGAUAGUUUCAUAUUUUCAUUAGGUGAUGGUAAAGAUUUAGGAAAAACGAAACUAAGUCGAAUUAGAGGGGACUGCGUCAAUGAUGCUAUUCAACUUCAAGAUCGAUUAGGGCCAUCAUUCGGAUUCUAUGAAUUAAAAAUUACCGGUGAUGCUAAUGAGGGUGGUUCCAGCUAUGCGUCUGGUGGGUUGAGAUAUGAACAUAAAAUUAGAGAUAAGGGUAAUUAUUUUGGGGUGGAUGAUUAUGAGGUUUUUCAAGUUAUAAAAAAAUAA